CAGCGAUUUGGCGCUAGUGUCCCCGGUUUACUGUACGCUCCAAAGCAGCAGCUGUAACAUAGACACUUUCCUCUUUUAGCCUUCGGCUGGUUUUUAAAUACCAAAAAGAAUCCUAUGACAUUAAUGGACAAUCAUGUCUGAGGAGGAAAAUAAGGUUCCCGAUGAACUUUUCAAAGACGUCAAAUUCUACGUGGUUGGGGACAUUGACCAAAAGGUAGUGCAGCUGCUGAAAGCAGGAAAAGGGAAGGAGGUGUCCUACAAUGCUCUGGCCACUCACAUCAUUGCAGAGGACGGGGACAACCCUGAGGUGGGCGAGUCAAGAGAGGUUUUUGACCUGCCUGUUGUCAAGCCGUCCUGGGUGAUCCUCUCCGUCAGAUGUGGAGACCUGUUACCAGUUACUGGAUUCUCCCCAGAAUCAGGACAGAUAUUCUUUGGUGUGACAGCUUGUCUUCCCAGGCUUCCAGAUGAUCUCAACACUUUGUGGGCUUACGUAACCUUUUAUGGAGGAGAAUGUCAGCUUAACCUCAACAAGAAGGUCACCCACUUAGUGGUGAAGGAGCCAAAGGGGGCCAAGUUUGAGUGUGCCCUGAAACACCCUGGCAUCAAGAUUGUCACCCCGGACUGGAUAACAGAUUCUGUUAAAGACAAAGGCAGGAAGGAUGAGGUGCUCUAUCACCCCAGACUCACGUACGUGGAACCUGAGGAAGAGGAGGAGAGCGAAGCAGAGUCAUAUGACCAGCACUCCCAUUCAGAUGGAAGUUACAGCCCCCGGCGAUCCCGGCUGUACAGCGGUGGCUCAUCUGGUGAGGAGUCCAGCCCCCGCAGACGACCAGGACCCAAAAAACUGAACUCUGUCUCUCCAACCUCCCCCCGCAAACCUGAGCGCCGCAGCGAGCGCAUGUUCGACGACUCUGACGAUGACUCCUCCACAGAGAAGGAGGGCACCAACCUGAACUGGACGCCAGCUGAAGUCGCCACACCGACCCCCCCUAUUCCGACCGGCACAGCCAGACGGCGGGCUGGGCCACCUGGCAGCAAAGACCCAGUGUCAUCUACAGGCAGUGGGCUGAUCAACCUGUGUGCCACUGUGCCUCCUGUACCUGGCAGUGGAGGAGCCAUGCCUGCUGAGGCUCGCUCUGCUGCUGCUGCCAUCAGUCACACCACACAGCAGGGUGUAUCAGUUCCAGAGGGUAUCCCUGGGUGGAGCCCAGCUGCUAGAACCCUCCGCAACAUCACCAACAACUCCGACAUGCAGCCGGCCAAUCGACCUGCCAACGUAGCACAUAUCAUCCAGAAUCUGACAGCCAAUCAGACAAAGCCAUUGGAGCAGCAGACCAACCAGAGCCAUGCUCAGACCCCAAACAGUACCAACCCUCUUCUGUUCAAUCAGUCCAAACUGGCUGGCCAGCCCCUCACAGCAGAGCAGCAGCAACAGUUACUGCAACAGCAACAGUCACACCAGGCUGCCCAGCAACAACACCAACAGUUACCACAGCAACCGCAGCAUCCCAUGAUGCACCUCCAGCAGCAGCAUCAGAUGAUGCAGCUACAUCACCAACAGCAACAAUCACAGGUUGCACAACAACAAGGGUUCCCACAGUUGCCUCAACAGCAGCAACAGUUUCUGCAGCAACAGCAGCAAAUGCACCAACAGCAGAUGUUUUCGCAGCAGCAGCAGCAGCAGCAGCAUGCGUUCUCCCAGCAGCAGCUGCGGCCCCAGCAGCUCCUACGGCCUGGUUUACAGCAGCUGCAGCAGCAACAGGCGCUGCAGCAACAGCUCCAGCAGUUCCAACAGCAGCAACGCAUGCAGAUGUUACAGCAACAGCAGCAACAGCAGAAUCAACAGCAGUUACACCAACAGCAUCUACAGCAGCAGCAGCAGCAGCAUUUCCUACAACAGCAACACAUGCAGCAGAUGCAGCAGCAGCAGCACCUGCAGAACCAGCAGCAGCAGGGUCUGCAGCAUCAGAACCAGCAGGCUCUGCAGCAGCAGCAGACGACACUGCAGCCUCAGCUCCAGCAGCCUCCUCACAUCUCUCAGCUGUUUGGACACGAGCCAGGACAAGACAUUCCACUGGAUGGCUUCCUGCUGGGCUGUGUGUUUGCCAUUGCUGACUACCCAGAACAGAUGGCUGACAAACAACUCCUGGCCACAUGGAAGAGGGUCAUCCAGGCAUGUGGAGGUGCUGUUGACCCCACCCUGACCAGCCGCUGCACACACCUGUUGUGUGAGAGUCAAGUCAGCAACUUGUAUGUACAGGCACUCAGAGAGGGGAAGCGAUGUGUAACAGCCCACUGGCUCAACACUGUACUGAAGAGGAAGAGGAUGGUACCUCCUCAUCGGACGUUACAUCUGCCCUUCGCCUUCCCUCCUGGAGCCAAACCCUGCUCUCAGCACAUUAUAUCAGUGACAGGUUUUGUGGAUGCUGACCGGGAUGACCUGAAGUUGAUGGCCUACCUGGCUGGUGCCAGAUACACCGGAUAUCUGUGUCGCAGUAACACCGUGCUCAUAUGUAAAGAACCCAGUGGGCUUAAAUAUGAGAAGGCCAAGGAGUGGAAGAUCCCAUGUGUGAAUGCCCAGUGGCUGUGUGAUAUACUGCUGGGCAACUUUGAAGCACUGAGACAGAUACAGCACAGCAGAUACUCCAUCUACACACACCCUGAACCACUGGUGCCUAACCCACAGCUCGUCCAGAACCUGCUGGCUGCUUGGAGAACGCCGAUCAAAGUAUCUCCUGAAGCUUUGGCGUGUCUCCAGCUGCUCCAGAAGCAGAAGAUCACUGACUCCACCAACAUGCCUGCCAACAAGAAGGCCAGACUGGAGGAGAUCCAGUCCCCCAGUAAGAAGCUUCCUCCAGAGUCCACUCCUCGAGUCAUGUUCACAGGCUUUGAGCCCACACAAGUACAGCAGUACACAAAGAGGUUACAUGCUUUAGGUGGUGAAGUAGCAGACAGCAGUCAGAAAGUCACUCACCUGCUGGCCAGUAAGGUGACUCGCACCGUCAAGUUCCUCACUGCCAUGUCUGUGGUCAAACACAUUGUCAGCCCAGAGUGGCUGGAGGAGAGCUGGAGGAGCCAGAAGUUUGUGGAUGAGCAGAGUUACACUCUGAGGGAUGCAGAGGCGGAGGUGUUGUUUGCCUUCAGUCUGGAGGAGUCACUAAAGAGAGCCCACAGUGCACCGCUCUUCAAGGGGAAGUACUUCUACCUCACCCCGGGGAUCUGCCCCAGCCUCAGCACCAUGAAGUCCAUCCUGGAGAGUGCUGGAGGAAAGCUGCUGGCCAAACAGCCCUCCUACAGAAAGAUCAUGGAGCAUAAACAGAACAAGAACCUUCCAGAAAUCAUCUUAAUAUCCUGUGACAAUGACCUCCACCUCUGUAGAGAAUACUUCUUGAAAAACAUUGAUGUCCACAACGCUGAGUUCAUCCUGACGGGAGUACUGACCCAGAAACUCGACUAUGACUCGUAUAAGUUCACUUGAUGACAUGAAGAAGAGGAGGAGGAACAGAUCAGGAAGCCACCUGUGUACAGUCAAGCCACACUGACUUUUCUACGUUUUUAUUUCUGUGCAUAGAUCUCCAGUCAUUUUGUAGCUCUUUGUUACCUGUUUGAGAAUAAAUAAAUGGAUGUUAUUUUUGUGAAAUGAAUGUUUAAAUUAUGGAGGUUUUUAACCCUUUUCCUGUUCUUCAGAUAGAAUGUGUAAAGGCUUCAGCUCACAAACGCUGCUUUUGGAAUAAAAACUGUAAAUUUGUUUGUGAAAAA